UCACGUGUACUUGGGGAAGAGCCUCUGGGCCAUUCGCCGACUAGCAAGCCGGGCCGUUGUGUGCUUGUGGUGAGAAAAAGACUGCCCGUUAUGGACGAGAACGCUCACACGUACCAGGAGGCCUGCACGGUCUCCUCUCCGGGAAUGUCGGCCAAGAGGAGGGGCUCAAAUCCGAACAACUCCACGGGAACAUCGCAAGUUCUGAGCUUGACGACAGGAAUGCCGCGGCAGGGAGGUAGUGAGGGUUCGACAUUCGCUUCUGAAUCUGACGACAACGUAACGGUCACCGCCACGGAGUCUGUCUCGCCUACCGGGACCUCUCCCACUGGUAUCCCCGGUGGUGGCGUUCCAGAAGUCGGCAAGAGAAGCCCGGGACAGUAUGGAGUCUAUGCUAUGAUGAAGACUAUCUCAGUGCUGUCCUUAGUGCUGAAAUUCUGCCUCCUGUGUGUUGUUAUCUACCUAGGUGUGGCAGUGUUGGGCGUGAAGCAGUCAGUCGACCGGCUCGACGUGAAACUGGAAAGGACCACUGACAAACUGACAAACGUCUCUGGUUGGCUACAAAAUGCGAUCGGGAAACUAGCUGAGCCGCCAGGUACCCUGCAGGAUGGGGGGCAGAUAUCACAGCGACUCGAGCAACUUGAAGGCGACGUCAAGACUCUGAACGCCAAGUCACAGAACAUGUGUGCCGUACCUGAUGCCCAAUCGAUCUGCCCCAGUGGUUACCAGAAAUACCGCGAAGUCUGCUACAAACCGUUUAACACGUUCAAAACCUUCCGCGAAUCGGCCAACACCUGUGAGGCGGACGGAGGCACCCUCGCCAUGCCCCGAGACGCCGACAUCAACGCCUUCCUCAUCUCCCUUAUGAACGCGGUAGACAAGAAAGGCGUCUUCUGGUUCGGCUUGUGCGAUCACGAGAAAGAGGGUACUUGGGAAUGGAUAGACGGCACCGCUCUGGGGACCGGGUACAGCGCGUGGGGAGAGGGGCAGCCCAACAACCGCGGGGUUGCCGAGGACUGUGCCCAUUACCUACGGGACUCGCGCCGAUGGAAUGACGACGGCUGUCACCACCGAUGGUUCUUCAUCUGUCAAACCAUGCCAUAAGAUACACAAAUUGAGGUCCACGCUGGACGUGGGUACAGUCACAAAGUUGCUACUUGAUAAUCUGGACUUAAAAAUACAUGCUACCGAAGUCACUUUCAAACCCCGACUAAUCAUAACUACGUCAUUUGUGUGGGUGGUUGUGCAAGUCUCCUUGGUACAUAGUCAUCGUACAUCAUUGUCUUGCCGUGAUUUAUGAAAUACUAGUGAAAAAGUGAAGUGUGUAUAUUUAGUAGGAUUACAAAUAACUAGCUUACUACAGUGAAUUUAAGCCGUAGUUUACCUGGGAAACGUCUAGUUUGCUGCAGCUGGUUAACCUUUCGAAUGUCCCUGGAGCACACCAAGCAUAAUUCUGUAUCAAAUGUCUUUAGCAGUUUUCUUUAGAAUGCCCUCGUCUUUAUCUUAGUUUGGAUCUAUGUCAGAUAUGUACUUUACCAUCAACGUUACGUUAUCUAACUGAGGAGAUUGAUGAUUUCAUGAAGGGAGUUGCAUGAAGUUGAAGUAAGAGGACACGGACAGUGAUUUUUAUUGUUUUAAUAGUAGAGGAAAUUAUUGCCUUUGUAAUAUUCUCAUUUGUCAUAAUAGUAGGCGUGGCAGGUUACUUUUGAAAUGUUCCGGUCAGAAAUUUAUUUCCUGAUUAAACAUUCUCACAGCUCACCAAAUAUUUAAUGACUGGCAUCGCUUACAUAACUUGACUGGCAGGUUACCGUUUGUGUGUAUCGUGUGCAUGUGUGUGUGUGUUUAUACGUGCGUGUGUGUGUGUGUGUGUGUGUUGAGUGUAAUAACGUUACCGUAAGUUGAACCAGUAACAGCGAUGCGCCCUCUAGUGUACACCCUGACCUUUGAACUGCAGCUAGGAGGGUUACUUCCGUGUAGUUCCUCCGUAUGCGUGCACUCGCUAAGUCCAUAAAACAGUGUAGAACCAACACAGCACAGCGCCACGACAUGGCUGCAACAGACACUCUCCUGAGCACCGGCGGCACCACCGUUGUGAGAUCAGGGGGGCGAGUUCAGCGAGCCGCCGGUCGCGACGUUUCCGGGGAUGGUAAGACCCACAGACCGCAGCCCGGCCCACUGGUAUGGCGGAGGAUAGAUAGCCUGACAGGGACACAGAAUUAGGACAGCCAUCACAAAACUCUGGAUUAGUUCACACAAACUCCAUAUAGAAAAGGCAUUCCUCUACAGCUUAACC